AUGGCUUACAACUACCAACAAAGUCCUUAUCCUCAAUCCCAAUAUCCUCCUUCUUAUCCUCCUCCUCAAGGAGGUUAUCCUCCUCAGUCGCCUGCUACUGCUCAGGCACCACCACCUGGUGGUUAUCCACCAAUGCAACGACCAAGCAUGCGCCCACCACCUCCCGGAGCUGAUCCCCAGCUAUGGUAUUGGUUCCAAAUCGUUGAUACGGAUAACUCUGGCUACCUUACCGUUGACGAGCUGCAGCGUGCACUUAUUAAUGGUGACUGGACACCCUUCAACAUUGAGACUGUCCGCAUGAUGGUGGUCAUGUUUGAUACUGAUAACACGGGAACCAUUGAUUUUAACGAAUUCACGGGGCUUUGGAGAUACAUCGAAGAUUGGCAACGUUGCUUCCGCACAUUCGACACAGAUGGAUCUGGUAACAUUGAUGCUCGCGAGCUGAGACAUGCAUUACAAACAUUCGGAUACAACCUUUCGGAACCAUUCGUUAAUAUCCUAAUUCAAAAGUUUGAUCGAUAUGAUCACAACAACAUAGGACGUGGAAACAUUACUUUUGACAACUUUGUCCAAGUAUGUGCUACUAUCCGAUCACUGACAAUGGCAUUCCAACGCUUUGAUACGGAUGGUGAUGGAGUUAUUCAAAUCGCAUAUGAGCAGUUCCUUGGUUUGGUCAUCCAACAACGUAUCUAG